AUGCUGUCGGUCCAGAAAUACCGCGAGAAUCAGCCAGCCAGCCAGCAUGAGCAACGCCGAGUUGCCCGUUCAGGUCGGGCUUUGGGUUAUGGUUGGGUUCACUGUGCUAUUUCUUUCCCUCAGGAUUUACUCGAAGUUGUCUCGGCAUCGUGCCCUGUGGUGAUAGUGGUAAUAGGCAGCGGUUUUAUCAGUGCCUUCGCUGCCCCAUCUUCAGGCAUUGUCACAGCCUCAAGUGAUAGGGUUCUUCUGUUAUUCAACAUCUGCUCCAUGUUCUGCGCGCUCGCCUCAGCCUGGUCCAAGUCGGCUUUCGCGCUUACCCUAACACGGCUCACAGAACGAGCGGGAACCAUAUUCUUGUGGUUUAUUAUCGCCACGGUCAAUAUAGCAUAUACCGUGUUUUCGAUCUCCGCUUGGGGCCGGCCGUGUGUGGUACAGAGUAACUCACACAUGUAUUUGGCUGGUGCUUGCUGGAGUCCGACGGCGAAGAUCGCUGUUCCGCUUGCUGUUGUCCUCUAUUCGUCCCUGAUGGACUUUACCCUUGCACUCUUCCCGUGGAAAAUACUCUGGCAUACAGACAUGAAAAACCGGGAGAAGGUGGGCCUGGGGAUAGCCAUGAGUUUUGGGGUCCUUGCCGGGAUCAUUGCCGUUAAAAGAGCCGUCAAUAUGCUCGGUGUAGAUCCAGUUGCCAAUGGCUCUUACUAUCAUGGAAGGGUGAUACAAUGCAUCUGGAAUGUCGCAGAGCCAUGCGUAACGAUCGUGGCACAAUGCAUCCCGACACUUCGAGCUUUAUUAGUGGACCGCAAGUCUAGGAAAUUGGACGCCGACUCUGCCGAAACGUAUGAAGAAAUCCUCAAGCAGCAAACAGUGAGGUGUUGGAAUGGUUCGAGUCAUGCUAUAUCGAGCUCCGACCAUGACUUCCAAUCCCCUUCCGAGAGCUGA